GAUUUCCACUUAUGUUAUCAGCAACCGUACGAUCUCUCUCUCCUUCGCUAUUAGUAGGGUAACUAUGCUAUGUAUUUGUGAAAACGCGUAAAACAAAAUAAAUAAUCACGUGCGUCAUUCCAUUUAUCAAUUUCUAUAUUGGGAGGAGAACAUAUUUACCUGGAUUAAAGAUGUUAUCUGCUUCUUAUGGAUUACAACUACAUAGGAAUAGCUGUAUUAUAUAAUUUUCUCGGGGUUGUUGGCCAUAAAUUUCAAAGCCCAAAAUAUACGAGUGAAGAAUUCCAUCCCAUUCAUGUUUACUAUUCUUCAUGUUUGCAUGUUAUUUACAUUUUUCUUAUCAGUAUUAAUAGAUGCAUCCUUCUAGUACUAUAUCUUCUUCACUGUCUUUGGAAUUUUGUAGAGGAGGAGGAUAAUCUUCUUCAAGGACUGAACAGCUACAGAACUGCACAAAGCGUUCCACCUUUUGCAAAGUAUAAAGCUGAUUGUGUGGCAGAUGAGAUAGCCAACAAGCUUGAAGAUGAGCCAUGCACAAACCACACCACAGCCAGCACAAUUACUCCUGGUUCUGUCCCUCCACGGUUAUCGAACUACCAAGACAUUCUCUCUGAGUGCAAUGUCGACCCAAACAGUACCCGUGAUGGAUUGAUAUUACCAGUUUGUAUCCCUAACCGGGUACCUACACUAGUUCUAACCAAUUACACCCACACUGGUUAUGCUCGGUAUCUUAACGAUUCAAGAUAUGUUGGAGCUGGUGUUGGUUCGGAGAAAGAGUGGAUGGUAGUUGUGUUGACCACAAGUACUCCAGGUGGAUGCUUCUCAAGUGGGGAAGCAACGUCACUAAGAGUUAUGGCUGGCUUAGGUUUAAUGGGGCUGUUGUUUAAUUGCCUUCUAGUCCUGUGAGUAAAUUAUGGUUGUAUAUUGUGUGAAAGCACUUUUGUUAUAGUGUACGUUUUUUUUUUAUCUGAUGGGACAUCAAAAUGAGGGGACAGGAAAAUCUUCACAAUAUCGUGCAUCGAAGAAUGUUUUGAAGUUGUGUUUUGAUUAAUCAGAAGGUCGCCGUCUUCGAUUGAUACUA